GUGACCGUUUGUUUGCUUUUUAAAAAGAAUCACCGGGGAGCGAGCGCCUCACAGUAACGGGUACUAAAUUAUUGGGUGAAUGACCCUCGACAAGAUGGACACAAGAGGUGCUGUGGAUGCUGCAGUUCCUACCAAUAUUAUUGCUGCAAAGGCAGCAGAAGUUCGAGCGAAUAAGGUCAACUGGCAGUCUUACCUUCAAGGACAAAUGAUUUCACAUGAAGAUUGUGAAUUCAUUAAAAAGUUUGAAGCUGCCCGUUCAGAUGAUAAGCAGACGAUACUGGAUGAAGAAGGUCACCAGUGUGCCAAAACAUUUUUGAAUUUGAUGGCUCAUAUUUCCAAGGAACAAACUGUACAGUACAUACUGACAAUGAUAGAUGAUAUGCUGCAGGAGAAUCACCAACGAGUCAACAUUUUCUUUGAUUAUGCCAAGAAAACAAAGAGCACUGCCUGGUCCUACUUUUUACCAAUGUUGAAUCGCCAGGACUUGUUUACUGUUCAUAUGGCUGCAAGAAUUAUAGCAAAACUUGCUGCUUGGGGUCGUGAACUGAUGGAGGGCAGUGAUCUGAAUUACUAUUUCAACUGGAUUAAAACUCAGCUGAGUUCCCAGAAAUUGCGUGCUGCAGGUGCUGAAGCAGGAACAGUUUCUCCAAGUGAGAGUUCCCAGUAUGUGCAGUGUGUGGCAGGUUGUUUGCAACUGAUGCUGAGAGUGAAUGAAUACCGUUUUGCUUGGGUAGAAGCUGAUGGAGUGAACUGCAUCAUGGCUGUUUUGAAUAAUAAAUGUGGAUUUCAGCUUCAGUACCAAAUGAUCUUCUCUUUCUGGCUGUUGGCCUUCAGUUCACAAUUGUGUGAAUAUUUACGAAGAUUGAACAUAGUUCCAGCUUUAUCUGAUAUUCUUCAGGAAUCAGUAAAAGAAAAAGUAACCAGAAUCAUCCUAGCAACAUUUAGGAAUCUCCUGGAAAAAUCUGCAGAAAGAGAAACUCUUCAGGAAUACGCACUUGCGAUGAUUCAGUGCAAAGUCCUUAAACAACUGGAGAACCUUGAACAACAGAAAUAUGAUGAUGAAGACAUUGCUGAUGACAUUAAAUACCUCUUAGAGAAACUUGGCGAGAGUGUUCAAGAUCUCAGCUCUUUUGAUGAAUAUAGUUCAGAACUGAAGUCGGGACGCCUGGAGUGGAGUCCUGUCCAUAAAUCAGAGAAAUUCUGGCGGGAGAAUGCUUCAAGGCUGAAUGAGAAAAACUAUGAAUUAUUGAAAAUUUUGACAAGGCUUUUGGAAGUCUCAGAUGACCCACAAGUGUUGGCUGUGGCUGCACAUGAUGUUGGUGAAUAUGUGCGCCACUACCCUCGAGGAAAACGUGUAAUUGAGCAACUUGGAGGCAAGCAGCUGGUAAUGAACCAUAUGCACCAUGAAGACCAACAGGUUCGCUACAAUGCUCUCUUGGCAGUUCAAAAACUAAUGGUACAUAACUGGGAGUAUCUUGGAAAACAGCUUCAGUCAGAACAACCACCAGCUGUCACCACCAGAAGCUGAGUUUGUCUUACCAAUCUUGCAUCUAUGGUUACUUCCAUUGGCUUAUUAUACCUGGAAUACAGAGAAGUGUGUUGCUGAAUAUUUUGAAGUACAGUUUGUCAGUGGAUAAUGNUUUUUUCUGAAGUGUUUGUGUGCUGUAAUUCUUUAAGAUGUAUCAUAUUAAGCAAAGUAGAAAACAGUUCAAGAUGAUCAGCUUGGUAUGAAAGUAUAUUGUGAUUACGCAUAACUUGAAAACUCUAAGUGUAAUAUUGGCAUCAGCUACAUAUUUUGAUUUUUUUUGUGUUUCAGAUGCAAAUAUAUUUCAGAGUAAGCAUUCUAAUAAAACGAUUAUUUAAAAGUGCUAUAAAAUACAAUCAUUGCUGUAACAUUUUCUAUUGUCUUCUCUAAAUAGUAAUUUAUGUCUGUAUCUGCAUUUGUGUUAAUAAAACAAUUCCAUUUGUAGUUCACUAGAUUUACAGUUAUCUUUAUAAUUUUGCAUCACAAUCAUAUUUUUGAAGAACUGUAACAUAUUGUAGACUUGUUGUUUGUUGAUCAGCUGGCUGGCUGACCCAUAAACUCAUUUUGAAUAGGAACAUGAACUCUGCACCUCAGUGUUCCAUAACAAAAGUCAGUAUCUAAUGUUAGGGACAGAACUUCCUGUACAUUUAUGUUGAUGAGAUUGAUGAGACUCUUGCACACACAGUCCCUUAAGAUCCAGAAUAAUGGUUGUAUAAACAUUCUUGUGCCACUUUGAAUUCAUGUAUGUGUUUCAAUUAAUUUUGGAUGCUGUGUAAUGGUUGGACAAACACAUUUUGAAUGAAAUAGAUGUGUUUUACUUGAUUUUUCAAGCAAACAGUCCACAACUUUCAAUUACUUUUUAAAGAAUAAAAUGGUACUUUAUAUCAUUAAAAUGCAA